ACUUAUCAAAAGAACUCUGUUCCUACGGUUCAUUUGAUCGCUCACACCGCAAUAAAAGGCCGUGGCUCACCUCAUUCUACUCUUCUCUCUCACACACACACACUCACACACACGACCUCCAGCUUCACGAUGCCGGCUGAUUUCAAUGGAACGUGGGAGAUGGUCAGCAAUGACAACUUUGAGGAUGUCAUGAAGGCUCUGGACAUCGACUUUGCCACCCGGAAGAUCGCGGUGCAUCUCAAGCAGACUAAGGUCAUCGUGCAGAACGGAGACAAAUUUGAGACCAAAACACUCAGCACCUUCAGAAACUAUGAGGUCAAUUUCACCAUCGGGGAGGAGUUCGAGGAGCACACUAAAGCCCUGGACAACAGAGUUGUUAAGACCCUGGUGAAAUGGGAGGGUGAUAAACUGGUGUGUGUGCAAAAGGGAGAAAAGGAAAACCGUGGCUGGAGGCAAUGGAUUGAAGGAGACCUGCUUCACUUGGACAUCUACUGUCAGGACAAACUCUGCCAUCAAGUGUUCAAGAAGAAAAACUAAUACUCCAUAAAUAACUGGAUAUUCCCACCUGGGUUUGGUGUUAUGCUGUGUAUAUUUAUUAAAUCGAUUUUAAUGGACAGCUUCAACCAACUACACUCGUUUGGUGCUCCAUGUUUGAGAAUUUCAUUACAGCAAAUAAAGGUUUCUGAUCAUCUCAGUGUUAAUUAAUAAUUAAUAAUAACUCCUAUCAAAAGGUAUAUAAUGCAAUCUAAAGAAAGGUGUGUUUUAUUGAGACCAGUAUAUCAAAGUUCAUAUGAUUCAUAUCGUUGGAUAGGAUUUAUGAUUCAUAUUGUUUGAUAUAGCCCCUACAGCAAAUGCCUUAUAUUGAUGAUGUGUCACCUGAAAAAAGUCAAAUUAAGGAAAUAUAUUGUUUAUGCCUUGCUCAAUAACAUUAAAGUCAUGAAUAUAUAAUGCUGUUCAGCAGUUUGGGAUAAGUAAGAUCUAUAAUGUGUUUUACAGAAGUCUCUUCUGCUCCUCAUGGCUGCAUUUAUUUGAACAAAAAUACAGAAAACAGUAAUAUUGUAAAAUAUUAUUACCAUUUAAAAUAA